GUACUCCCCCGGAAGUGUGCGUGUUUGUUUUCCUUCCGCAGCCCCAGCUGGUCACCAUGGUGCUCACGGAGCUUCCUCUGGACCUGGAGGUUCUGCUCCGGCAGCUGGACCUCCAGGAGGACCCGCUGUUCAGGGAGGAAGGCCUGUGUGUGGUGGGGAUCUUCGGUAAGAGCAACAUGCAGCCCGGUCCGCCCAAAGAGUCCGUCACCAACAGCCUGGCGGAGCAGCACGUGUUCUCUCUGUUCGGGGGGCCGGAGGACGGCGGCACCGCGCACAGCCUGGUCCAGGUGCUCUACCAGCAGGACAACCGGGUCCUCUACCUGCUGCUGAGCUCCGUGUGCGACACCCGGCAGCUGCUGAGAGCCUGCGAGUCUCUGAGCACCGGGACCACCACCCACUCCGACGCGCAGGACUACUGGAAGAGUCUGGACCGGCAGCACUGCCUCCACCUGCUCUACCUGUUCUCCGUGUGCCACGUGCUGCUGCUGGUGCACCCGAACCAGACCUUCGAUGUGACCUACGACCGGCUCUUCAGGGCUCUGGACGCGCUGCGGCAGAAGGUCCUGCCUCUGAUCCGGACCGCCAUCAAGGACAGCCCGGUGUCCAAGGAGUGGAAGGUGAACUGUAGACCCUGUCCCCCGAGGCUGCUCUUCGUCUUCCAGAUGAACGGAUCGCUCAAGGUUUCUUCAAACGGCUCUGAGUCUGGAGGAAACCCCGACAAGCCCAAGAAGCACUCUCCCAGGAGACGUCUGCAGCACGCCCUGGAGGACCAGAUCUACCGCAUCUUCCGUAAGAGCCGAGUCCUGACCAACCAGAGCAGCAACUGCCUGUUCACCGUGCCCGCCAACCAGGCGUUCGUGUACGUGAUCCCGUCUGUGGACGAGGACCCCGUGGGCUCCCUGCUCAGUCAGCUGCGGUCCAACUGCGUCUUGUGCGAACCGGACAACACCCCGGUGGUGACGGGGCCGCGGCGCUAUCAGCAGAUGCGGCGUUCGGCUCGGCAGGCCGGCUUCGGCGGCGACCCGGCCAGCGUGCUGAUGGGCGGUCAGCUGGUGGACUGCAGCCUGAAGGAGUUCCUCUGGCAGCACGUCGAGCUGGUGCUCACUAAGAAAGGCUUCGACGACAGCGUCGGCCGCAACCCGCAGCCGUCACACUUUGAGCUGCCCACCUACUCCAAAUGGGUCCAGAUCGCCUCCCGACUCCACCAGGUCCUGAUCAGCAACACAGACGAAGAGAUAGCGGAGCUAGCCACCAAAGUGCAAGCCCAGCUGAAGGGUCUGGAGGGUUUUCUGGACGCUGACGCAAAGUUCUCUGAGAACCGGUGUCAGAAAGCUCUGCCGCUGGCUCACAGCGCUUACCAGUCCAACCUCCCUCACAACUACACCACCACGGUGCACAAGAACCAGCUGGCGCAGGCGCUGCGGGUGUACAGCCAGCACGCCCGCGGCGUGGCUUUCCAGCGCUACGCUCUGCAGCUUCACGAGGACUGCUACAAGUUCUGGAGCAACGGCCACCAGCUGUGUGAAGAGCGAAGCCUGACGGACCAACACUGUGUUCACAAGUUCCACCUGCUGCCUCAGUCAGGAGAGAAGCCGGACAUGGAUCGUAACCCCCCCAUCCUGAACCACAACAGCAGGGGGCGCUCCACCAGCUCCUGUAACUGUGGCAGGAAACAGGCUCCUCGUGAGGAUCCGUUUGACAUCCAGGCUGCUAAUUAUGACUUCUACCAGAUGCUGGAGGAGAAAUGCUGCGGGAAGCUGGAGCGGAUCGAGUUCCCCGUGUUCCAGCCCAGCACUCCUGACCCGGCGCCGGCCAGCGAACAAGCUCGGAGACUCCCGAGCGAGGCGUCGGGGUCCGGCGAGGCAGAGAGGCUGAAGGAGCCGAGCACCGCUCAGAGCCACACGCCUGGAGACACCAGCCUCAGCCUGGCGCUCAGUCUGGGUCAGUCCACGGACAGCCUGGGGGCCUACGGGGAGGGAGACGGAACCGAGACACAAGUCCAGCCGAAGAGGCCGAGCCUCGUGGACCGGCAGCCCUCCACCGUGGAGUACCUCCCGGGCAUGAUGCACUCCGGCUGCCCUAAGGGCCUGCUGCCCAAGUUCUCCAGCUGGGCGCUGCUCAAACUGGGCCCGGCCAAGUCCUACAACUGCCACACCGGUCUGGAACACCCGGGUUUCAUACCCGGCUCCUCCUUCCUCCUGCCGUGGGACUUGGUGAUCCGCUCCCGGUCGGAGGAGGACGCGGGACUGACGGAGCCGUUGGACGGAAGCACCUCCUCGUGGCCGGCGCCCAACAAGAGCCUGGUGGGGAAGCGAGGGAGCACCGGAGGGCUCGGUAGGAGCCGCAGGAGGGACGACAUGGCUCGGAUCUUCGUGGGGUUCGAGUACGAAGACAUCAGGGGGAGACGCUUCAUCAGCUGCGGGCCGGAUAAGAUAGUGAAGGUGCUGGGGCCGGGCGGCGCCAAAGACCCCGCCACCAGGGUGCUGAACACCGACAUGCCGCUGUACAUCCCGUCACCUUCACAGGGACGCGGCCUCAAGUCUCACUACGCCCAGCUCACUCGUCUUUUUAUAGUGGUGCCGGACGCCCCGCUGGAUGUUACCCUCAACCCACAGGUGCAGCCCGGUCCUCCUCCCUGCCCACUCUUCCACCCGGAGAAGACAGAUCUAGUGUUGGCUCCCGACGGUUUUUGGGUUCUGCGGUUCCCGUAUUCCUUCUCGACAGACCGCGGUCCCUGUUACCCCCCCAAAGAGAACCAACCGCUCAACCAUUACAAGGUGCUGCGGGGCAUCCUGAAGGCCACAACUGCCAACCCGCCGCCGCCGCAGUGAACUCUCACAGUAACGAAGGACUUCUUAUUUAUUUACACCUCCUGAUUUAUGAGUUUAAAACAUCAACUUAAACAUCAUUUUUUAAGACAUUAUGCUCCGAUUAUUGACUCCUCGCAGCGGGUAAACGGAGAGCCCGUUUCAAAGACAACUGCUGAAAAGUAAUAAUUUGAAUUUAUAUAAUUUGAUUGAUAUAAAUGAUGGGCUGCUGUCAUCUUCCUCUAUGAUCUUUAUGUAUUAGAAGACGCAACACAUUAACAGAAUAACCACUUUAUAAUCAAUAAUGUUUGAUAUUUCACCCACCAGACAGCAACAGUAGGUUUAUAAUACAACCUGUUUAUUUACAGUGUCAUUUUUUGUUUUAUGAAUCGUGUACCAAUAAAAUCCUUAUCGGUUC